UGGAAAGUAUAAGAUAUCAUGGAUUUUAUUUUUAUGAGUAGGGGUUAUAUGUUGGCUACGAAAUGUGCAAAAACUAUUAUAUUACGAAUUAAAAAAGGAUCUCAUUGUUAGCAACAGACGGGAUACCACCGUACCUCACGUGAAAAUCAGUCAGAGUUGAAGGAGUGUUUGUGACGUCUUGUCCGGGGUUCUAUAGGCAAACGACCUGGUGUUGCUCUCCGCUUUCUCCACAACUUCUCACCAUGCUCGCCGCUCUUCGCCCUAAUAUCUUGUCCAGAGCUACUGCUGUUCAGGUGAGAAACUGAUUAUAUAUGUCAAUUGAGAAAUAGAUUGCUGACAUACCUUGUUUCCCACUCUGACAUUGUUGUUCCAAUUCAUGCAAUUCAACCAAUUUUCACAACCCCAUCAGACUCGCCCCAUUUUCCAGCGAUUCUAUGCUAGCGCUUCAGGAAAUAGCUCUCUUUUGGUUGUUGAGCAUAGAAACGGUGCUGUCGAUGGUUCAACCUUGAACGCUUUGACUGCUGCUCAGGCACUCGGUGGAGAUAUCACAGCCAUUGUUGCAGGCGGUGCCCCUGAGACUGUUGCAAAAGAGAUUGCAAAGUAUAAUGGCAUCACAAAGGUCUUGGUUGCAAAGAAUGAUGCCUAUUCACACAACCUUCCCGAGACGUUGGCCCCUCUCUUGGUAGAGGCACAAAAGAAGCUUGGGUUUUCCCACGUUUUCGCUGGACAUACCGCCUUUGGCAAGAACGUCUUGCCUCGCGUUGCUGCCCUUCUUGAUGUUGCUGCUAUCUCUGAUAUUACUGGCAUCGAAGGAGCUGAUACCUUCGUUAGACCAAUCUAUGCUGGUAACGCUAUUGCCACCGUCAAGUCUAGUGAUAGCAUUAAGAUUAUCACCGUUCGUGGAACUGCAUUCCCUGCCGCCACCACUGCUCAGAAUGACCCUGCUCAUGAGGCUGCUCCUGAAGCUGAUACCGCCGCUUUGUCAGAGUGGAUUGGCGAAGAAUUGAUCAAGAGCGACCGUCCCGACUUGAACAGCGCUAAGCGUGUUAUUUCCGGUGGACGAGGUAUGAAGAACGGCGAAAACUUCCAGAUGUUGUAUGAUAUGGCUGAUAAGAUUGGCGCUGCUGUUGGUGCUUCCCGUGCUGCCGUUGAUGCUGGUUACGUCGACAACUCCCUCCAAAUUGGUCAAACCGGCAAGAUCGUUGCACCAGAAUUGUAUAUUGCUGUUGGUAUCUCCGGUGCCAUUCAACAUUUGGCCGGUAUGAAGGACUCCAAGACCAUCGUUGCUAUCAACAAGGAUGCCGAAGCACCUAUUUUCCAGGUUGCUGAUUAUGGUCUAGUUGAAGAUUUGUUCAAGGCUGUCCCUGAACUUACGCAAAAGCUCUAAAGCAUAAGAAAAGUAUUUUUUCUAGAUUGAAACCCCAUACAUUUUGCAGCCAUUUCAGUAAAUACAAAAAGAAAAGACUGGUUAAAUUUUUUACGUGUGAAUGA